UUACUGUUAAACUUGAAUAGGAAGUCAUAUUUUGGCAUUCUUAUUGUGACCUUGAAAUUGACCUUUGACAUACUUUUCAACAUGAACUGAACACCCAGUACUUUUAUUCCAUCAGUACUUUUAUUCGAUACGUCAGGGUAGAUAUGGGAGAAUUGUUGUUGCUCAAGUCUAGGAGAAUCUAUUUUUUGGCCAAAACAAAUAGUUUUUAUCCUUUAAAUGUUUCACCGAAAACCAACUGAAUGCAAUCAUAUAGUUUCAGAUACUUAAACAAUACCAAAAGACAUUUUAUAUUACCCAUAAAUAAUGUGUGAAUGGUGUCUUUUGCCUGUUUCUAAGCCACAUAUAAACAGGACUAAUAUGUAAAUCAGAUAAGUAGGCCAAAUUUACCACCAACAAAUAAAAAAGGACAUUUUAACAUUUUAAGUCUUUUUUAUGGUUCAUAGGUGAUUAAUUUGGUCGGUCUUUUGCCAUGUUGACUUACCUUCACUAAAUACAAGUAACUAGUAGAAGUGGUUUACAUGGGCUAAUAGGAAUAGACUUUCCACUGAUACUCAUUUUACAUGUACCUUUAAUUACAGAAUCAACACAAAUAAUUAAUGUUUUUCUCAGUUCACUUCUUCUUGGUCAUGGUAGUUUGUGUAAGGACUCUUAUUAUACAGUUGCACUCAAAAGAAACUGUUUACCACUUGUACAUUUUCUAUUAUAUUUUAUCCCUUUUAACCAGAUUGUUAUAUUCUUGGCAAUAAAUAUAGUAUUUUUUAUUCUUUCUAGAUGCCUCGUUUGAAAAAACAGAGCUUAGCUACGAGAAGGGCACUACAGACGAAAAAGAACAGGGAAAACCGACAGAAGUUGGCUAUGCCAAACGGGCCUCUUACUGUGGCUACUGCGGUAGCCACGCCCACUGCGGUGGGAACUGUGUUGUCUGUGGCUACUUCGGUAGCCACGCCCACUUCGGUGGGAACUGUGUUGUCUGUGGCUACUUCGGUAGCCACGCCCACCUCGGUGGGAACUGAGUUGACAGAGUUUACUGAGUUGACAGAGUUUACUGAGAAUACUGAGCUAACUGAGAUUACUGAAACAACUGAGAUUACAAUUGAUUCAGAUGAUACUGUUCAUGCAGCUCAUAAAGAUGCUACAGUUGAUACAGCUGUUACAGAUGCUACAGUUGAUACAGCUGGUACAGAUGCUACAGUUGAUACAGCUGUUACAGAUGCUACAGUUGACACAGCCUAUCCUGAAAUGCCUGUCAGUUUGAGUGCCACUAUUGCUGCAGAUCCUUCAACAAAUUUCAUCCACAACUUCACCUCAUCCGUACGCCUCAAGGCUGAAAGUCAAAGUUGUAGCCACCGCUGAUACAACGUCGUACACAGACAAAAAGGGAACAUUGAAAGAAGUCACCGAAGUCGGCGUGGUCGACAAAACUGGCGCUAGAAAAAUGUCUCUCUACGGAGCCAAACAAAAGCUGGUAGUGUUGGCGUGGUACAUCAUACAGCACUUUUUUGUCCGAGAUGGUAUAAUCAGGUGCACGGACGCCACAAGGAUUUUCAGGUAAACAUUAAUUUAAUACGUACAAAAUAUGUAUGCCUUAAUUUCAUUGAUCACCCAAACUCAAUAUAGCGGUGUAAAGAAGGUUGCAGGUAUGCUCUUUAAAUGUUUGUCUAAUUGCAAAAUAUACUUGAUUGUCAUAGCGUCCGAUAUAAAUAAGUUUGUAUCAACGUUUCACUCUCUUGGGACUAUAAUUGAUAAAUAAUCGUAACUAACCAAUACUCGUACGGAAAGCAUAUUUUUUGACUUGCUAGGCCUUUAUCAAAUUUGAUGAUUUCUAACACUUCAUGCACAUAUUAUCCUAUCGAAAUUUCGCUUUCUCUUAAACUUGGGCAACAACGAUUAAGUGAUAAAAAAUAAUGAAAAAUUGAUGUCACUCUCAAUCCAUUCCAUUUUAAUUUUGGAUAUAAAGCCUGUAAAUUGCACUUCUACAUUGGGUGUGCGUGAGAUACAUAAGUUAGGCUCCUGUUAGAAUCACUAUUAAUUUUGCAGGCACACCUUUGAAAUGUUCUCCUUUGAUCAUUUCAAAAACUGAAUACCUUUCUUGCGUGCUAAAUUUGAAAUUGUGGUACAUUACCUAACUUUCGAAUAAUUUCGUACAGAAAACCAAUUUUUGACUAGGUAAAUCUUUAUCAAAUUUUGAUGAUUUCUAACAUUUUUUUGCUCACAAUAUACCAACUUAAUUCCGUUUUAUCUUAAAUUUUUGACCACAACGUAAAAGUAGGCCUAAAUUGAAAUUCAUGCUUACAGGUUAUAUUUUCGUAUUUAGUUAUGUUGUCUAGUAUCGUUCAUAUUAAAUAAUAAGAAGCGCUUUAAAAAUGAUUCUUACAAAUUAAAUGCUCAUGCAAUAAUCUGUAUAGGCCCUAAUCAUUCUCAAAGAUUGAACAUUUUCCUGGCAUGAUAAGCCUAAAUUGUUGAACAUCUAAAAAUGUUAAUGUGCAGAUUCCGAACUAUAUUUGAUGAGCGUCCGGCAUCAAUAACUUGAUAUCGACGUUUCACUUUCAUGCGGCUAUGCAUGAUAAUAUAAUGCGUCUUCUCACCCAAAAAAUAAGCAUAAUGGCCGUCACGAUUGCACAACGUCCAGCAGUUAAACAGUCUUAUCACUUUGAAAAUAGCAUCAUCACUGAUUUUGUCCUUACAUUUAAUUUCGCAAAGAUAACAUUGUAACAAAUUUUGACAAUUUUCAAUAAAAAACAGUUUCUUGUUUUGAAUCACUUUCAUUUGCUUCUCACUGAUUAUUAAAAAAAUUUCAAAAAUGCACCAUACCGAUAGAUAAGCAUUUAUUACUGUAAUUCACUCCUGAUCCGAAUAUAAUAUCUGUAAUGUGAAACUAGCAUAGAAUCGAAAUAUAUUUGGCGAUCAGAAACAUGUACAUUUUUCGGGGGAAAAAUUAUAUAGUAUUGAAUAUGACGCAAACCCGUAGCGUUACAAUUAAAAUAGUUUUACAUUACUUCAUGUUCAAUUUUAUCAUCACUUAAAUGCAUAAUUGUUUUUUUCCCGUAAAUUGAUAAAACAGACUGAAAUGUCGUUAGAAACGAUUGACGAUGCGCAGAAAUUGCGCUAGUCGUCAAAUAACGUAACGGCCGAUGCCCUAGUCAAAUAUAGUUGUUCUAUAUACGUUUAAAAUAAAUGAAUAUCUCUCUAAAUUCUUCCAUUUUAAUUUUGGAUAAUAAGCCUGUAAAUUGCACUUUUAUUAUGUACAGACACAGAUGUGUCUGUACAUAUAGCCGUCACC